AUGAUCAUUUCUUAUCGAGGGAUCUGCUUUCCUCAAUCGGCCAAGGCUGUUAUUGGACUGGGAUUCCCUAAGGUCACAGUCAGUGACUUCGGCAUGACUUCGAAUGAGUUGCUCCUCUUAAAGGAAACUACUCACAAGAUUGCUGAAAACUCCUCGACAGCCCACGACCGGUUUCGCCCCACUUGGGGCUCAUCAGGUAGGCGCAGUCCCCGAGUUUCCGUCAACCUUAUGUUCUACUUGAACCCAAAUGGGACUGUCCGAAAUACACUCAUUUGCAAACUAAUUUGGUUUUGCGAGAGAUUCACCUGGAACCCAGCUGAAUCUCUCGUUUGUGAUGUUUCCAGGCAACUGAAUGCGCUGAACCAGGCCGCCUUAUGUUUCAGUCGCUACGAUAUUCGAUAUCGCGAUAUAUGUAUACAAUGCCUAGCUACCAUGCCCAAAGGAGGCAUGAUUGCCCGGUUACUUCAAGGCUGCACAAGCCUAGACAGAAGCAGUCGAGAUGCUAGGACAACAUACAUCAAUACAGAGGGAAUCCAGCGUACGUGCAAGUGCCACCUGUUGACCUGCUUGCUUCAGUGUGCAAACAUUGAAGGUGGCUAUGUGGACAGGCUUUCGCGGUUUGAAAGCAGACUAAACAGAUUAACUAAACUUGGACGUGUAGAAGCUGCAGCUGAGUGUGAUGCAGGGCGAGCAAAACGGUCAGUCCUAGAGCUGGGACCUGCGGAGAAAGUAUUCAAAGUUGUGCGGAGAACGUGA